AAAAAAAAAAAAAAAAAAAAAAGAAAAAAGCACAAAAAAGUGGGAGCCGCAAAUAGUAUCCACGUGUAAGAAAUAUUAUGGCAAGCAUACAUGUCCAUCUAACACGCGCGAGUAUAACUAAAUAAACACUCACACCCCACCAAUUUUCUUCAUAAAGAGCAAACUUAAAAAUAUUAAAUUAAUUAUUAUUAAAAUAAAAAAUCUUAUCCGAUAAAAAAAAAAAAAACGAAGGGAGUAGAAAAAAAACAAAGGAUUGCCACGUGUUAGAGACGAACUUUGAACGUGAGCCACAAGAAUCCACAAAGUUCUGGAGAAUUCUACCAAAAUCUACCCUUAACAAUUUUCAUAAUACCCAUUUUAUCCUCCUAAAAAAUCCUCCCACAUAAACCCCCCUUUCUUCCUCAUUUUUUCUUCCCUCUCUUAAACAAUUAACUACCUUCUCUCUACUUUCUCUCUCUUACGUGGCAAUCUCUCUCAAAUAUUUAGCUGCUGUUUCUCUUAUUAAUCUCUUACUACUAAUAUGUUAUUAUUCUGUUGAAUUUAGCUGAAUAUUUCAAGUUUUUGGAAAAAGUUGAGAUCGAAUUGAAGAAGAUUAAAUUUGAUUGGUUUUUGAUUCGAUGCUUUCGUCUUCUUCUAAUAUGGCUGCUCAAGAGGAGACUAGUGCUGCUCAAUCUAAUUCUGGCAAUAAGAAUUCGCCGGCUGCCGGAGUGCAGUCAGCAGUGGGAGAAGGCCAAGUUCCUAAGAUUCGAAAGCCGUAUACUAUAACAAAGCAAAGGGAAAGAUGGACGGAAGAAGAGCAUAAUAGAUUUCUUGAAGCUCUAAAACUAUAUGGCCGAGCAUGGCGAAAGAUUGAGGAGCACGUUGGGUCUAAGUCGGCUGUCCAAAUCCGCAGUCAUGCACAGAAAUUCUUUUCAAAGGUUGUUAGGGAAACAAGUAACAGCAAUGCAAGCUCAAUUGAACCAAUUGAGAUACCACCACCCCGUCCUAAGAGAAAACCGUCACACCCAUACCCUCGCAAACUUGUGCUUCCAUCCAGAAAAGACAUGCCUAUGGAACAGGGAGCAAGAUCUGUGUCUCCAAACUCCUCACUCUCUGAGCAAGAUAAUCAGUCCCCUACUUCAGUUUUGUCUGCUGUCGCCUCAGAUAUGUUAGCAUCUGCAGAUUCAGCUGCAACCAAAAGCAACAGCCCAUCCCCGGUAUCUUCAGGCAAUUUUGGCAAUGAAGUUGCAAGGUUGCGGUCUGAAGAUAGCGCAUCUCAAGGGGAAGUGCACGAGUCCAAACCAGGAUCAGUUGCUCCAGCUUCAGUGAAAUUGGAGCUUUUUUCAGAUAAGGAGUCAUCUGACAAGGAAGAAUCAGGUUCUACGAAGGUCCUUAAAUUAUUCGGAAAAGAUGUAGUAGUCUCAGGAAACUCUGAAUCAUUUACUUGCUUGAGCAAGUCACCCUCAUCAGAUAUGGGGGAAGGAGUCGUCCAGGCAUAUCAAGAAGAUUGUAAGCCUGAUAGUUCUAUGAGAACCAUUGGAGAAGCACAGGACCAUGUGAAAUUUAAUUCUGAGAAUAGUAAUGCAUACCAGGUAGAGAAACCGAUUCCUCUUCCAUGGUGGGUUUUCUUCAAAGGGAUGUCGGUACCUCCCUUUGUGGAUCCCCAAGAGAAGGAAAAUCAGCGAGAUGGAUCUUCUGCAGAUUCAAAUAGUGGUUCAGUGAAUGAAGGAGAGAAUCCAGACAAGAAUUGGGAAAUGGAGACGGAGUCUGGCCAAUGCGGUUCACAGUCUGACAAAGAAAGCAAGUUUAUAGAGGAUUCAUGUACUCCGAAAGAACUUGCUUUGAUUGAGAAGAGAUGUGUUGACAAGGGUAGAAAGGGCUUUGUUCCGUAUAAAAGAUGUCUCUCAGAGAGAGACAUGCAAUCAUCGACAAUACCUAAUGAAGAAAGAGAAAGUCAAAGAAUCCGACUUUGCUUGUAGUAAUAUAUCCUAGUGAGGUUUCCUUAUUUAGAUAGCACAUCAUUUAUAACUAUCCAGACUGAAAUAUCCAGUUCAGUAUUCACAAGGAAUCAGUACAGUCAUACAAGUAGCAAUUUUGGUCGCGGAUAUGACUAUUUGACUAUAUGUCUAUUAGUCUAUAUAUGAAGUCUGAUCGUAUAACCGCCCUCCAAGGUGAGAGGCAAUAUAUGGUGGAUGGGAGUUGAUGGCGCAGCAAAUUAAGGCUCCUCAGAAAGUGAAAUUGAGGGGGUUUUCUGCAUCUCAGUCCUUUAUAAAAAAAAUUUCAAACUUGCUGGAUCUUUGACCUUUGUACUGUUUCUUCUAGCUUUCAGGUUUCCCUCAGUUUCUGAUUUCUAAUUUUUUUUUCUUUGGGAGAUUUGGUUUCUAGGUCUUGUAUACUAUGGUCUCAGUUCAUUUUUUUUCUCUUUCCUUCCCCUUGUUUGGGGUUUAUAAUUUGUGAAUUAUUAUGAUUAGAUGUUCAGAUUUUUUUGUAUGGAAUUAUGAAUGUUACACAGAUGGUGGACGUAUUUGUUGUAUUGGGCCGUGCCUCAUUUUGGCACGAGUUUUUGUUCAGUGCAAGAGAAUCACAAAAAAGAGUAAAUUAAUGAGUUA